GCAUGGGUGGCUGCAGGAGCAGGUGGGUGCAGGCAACAAAGCAGGGAGUAGACACUUGGUGGGGCCUCAGUUUCAGCAGUGCUGCCUCAGCUAUGGCCCCAGUCAAGGUGGGAGAUGCCAUCCCUUCAGUGGUGGUUUUUGAAGGGAAGCCUGGGAACAAGGUGAACCUGACAGAGCAGUUCGAGGGCAAGAAAGGGAAAGGGGUAUUGUUUGGAAUCCCUGGGUCCUUUACCCCGGCCUGUUCCAAGACCCACUUGCCAGUGUUUGUGGAGCAGGCUGAGGCUCUGAAGGCCAACGGGGCUCAGGUGGUAGCAUGUCUGAGUGUUGAUGUUUUUGUGACUGAAGUGUGGGGACCAGCUCACAACUCAGGAGGCAAGGUUAGGCUCUUGGCUGACUCCACUGAGACCUUUGGGAAGGAGAUGGAUUUGUUACUAGAUGAUUCAUUUGUGUCUGUCUUUGGAAAUCACCAGCUCAAGAGGUUCUCCGUAGUGGUAGAGGAUGGCAUAGUGAAGUACCUGAAUGUGGAACCAAAGGAUAUAGGCCUCACCUGCAGCCUGGCUCCCAACAUCAUCUUGCAGCUCUGAGGCCCUGGGCCGAGACAUACUACUUCUACCCUUUUCUACUUCACCUGCCCAACCCCAGAUAGA